GCCAGUACUUUCAAAAACUUUGAGUCAGGGGAGUUUUUCGGUAAAAACAAAUAUUUACCGUCAAAGUAUGGUUGCCGUCGGCAUCGAUUUAGGUACAACGUAUUCCUGCGUCGCAGUUUGGAGACACGGGACUGUGGAAGUAAUUGCAAACGAACAAGGAAACAGAACGACGCCAUCUUUUGUCGCUUUCACUCCAUCCGAACGGUUGAUCGGCGAAGAGGCGCGAAACCAAGCCGCGUAUAACCCGCGAAACACAAUUUUUGGCGCGAAGCGUCUGAUUGGCCGCCGAUACGACGACAUCGGAGUACAAAUGGACUUGCGCCAUUGGCCGUUUCAAAUUUCAAAUCAAAACGGUAAGCCAAUGAUAGUCGUUGAUUAUAGGGGGAAGAAAAAAACUUUUGCGCCAGAAGAAAUAAGUAGCAUGGUUCUUUGUAGAUUGAAAGAGAUCGCCGAAAAUUAUCUCGGUACGAAAGUUGAUAAGGCUGUGAUUACAGUGCCAGCGUAUUUUAAUGAUUCACAGCGUCAUGCCACGAGAUCGGCUGGCGCAAUAGCUGGUCUCGAAGUAUUAAGGAUCACUAAUGAACCGACUGCAGCGGCCCUAACUUUUGGAUUAGACACGAAAGGUAACAGGAACAUUCUAAUUUACGAUUUAGGCGGUGGCACUUUUGACGUUUCAGUUCUAUCUAUCAACGAUUCCGUAUACGAGGUGAAAUCGACAGCAGGCAACACGAGACUUGGCGGCGAAGAUUUCGACAACCGUUUAGUAGCUUAUUUCGCUGAGGAUUUCCGUAAAAAGUAUCACACGGACAUUUCAGGGAAUGCUAAGGCGUUACGGAGAUUAAAAACAGCAGCUGAACGAACAAAACGUUUUCUAUCUUCUUAUACCGAAGCCACUGUUGAAGUUGAUGGUUUAUGCGACGGGAUAGAUUAUCAAGGACGUAUUUCCAGAGCUUUAUUCGAAGAACUAUGUUCUGAUUUAUUUAGAGACACAUUAGGGCCGGUAGAGAAGGCGUUGUCAGACGCUCGUUUGAAAAAAUCGGAUAUACAUAAUAUAAUCCUCGUUGGUGGAAGUACAAGAAUACCAAAGAUACAAGCGAUGCUUAAAGAAAUAUUCGCAGGAAGACCGUUGACGACUAGUUUGAAUCCCGAUGAGGCUGUGGCGUGUGGAGCUGCUAUACAAGCAGCCAUUCUAAAUGGACAACACCAUGAGAAAAUCAAAGACCUGCUCCUAGUCGACGUUGUGCCACUCUCUUUGGGCAUCGAAACAGCCCGAGGGAUGAUGUACAAAGUUAUAGAACGUAACACACCGUUACCAUGUCAAAAAACCAAAGAAAUAACGACACUAGACGACUACCAAAACAGUAUGACAAUAGAAAUAUUUGAGGGAGAAAGGAGUCUUACUAAAGAUAAUAACCUACUUGGUGUUAUAGAGCUGAAUGGUAUACCACCAGCGCCGCGAGGCAUUGCUAAAAUUGACGUGACUUUUAGCGUAGAUGUAAACGGUAUAUUAAGCGUUAUUGCCAGAGAUCGAAGUACGGGGAAUGCAGAAAGCGUGACAAUUACAAAUGAGAAUAGAUUGAACCAACAGCAGAUAGCAAAGAUGGUGGCUGAUGCCUCUAAAUACUGCGAGGAUGAUAUUGAAAGCAGACGGCGUUUGGAAGCAAGGAAUCAACUAGAAUCUUAUGUAUACGAAGCUAAAAGGAACGUGUCAGAGAAUUUGGAAAAGCUUACUGAAAAAGAAAGGGAAUUCAUGAAAGGUGAGUUUGAAGCAGCAAUCGAAUGGUUAGAUUGUAAUCUAGAUUGUUUGAGAGAAGAAUUUGAAAGACAGAUGACAGAGUUAUUGAGAAGAUGGUCAGGUAUACUUCGGAAAAUAUACAGGCAUCAGGCUAAGAGGCAGAGAAGUGAAAACUACCAGAGUCUGGAAGAACACGAACCUGCUACGAUAGAAGAAGUGCACGACGAAAAUAAUGAUGACCUUUUUGAAUAUAUUAGACAAUAACGUUUGACUAUAGCCGCGUGGAUGACGGCUAACAAAACUUAGAAAACAGUGAAGCAAUGACUGCUUGAAUCUGUUAAAAUAAUAAAGAGUAUCUCUAUGCCUUUUUCGGAAUGUAACUUACAUAAAAGUUUCAUUAAAAUCGGCUUAGCGGUUUCUGAGUGGAAGAGUUAUCUGACAACUACGGCAGAGAAGAAAUGAAUGGAAUGAUAUUGUAGAUCAAAUUUACUUUUAUAUUAUUAUUUUUUAUCUGUGACUCAAAGACUGUAUUAUAAUUGUUUAUUACAUAACACAUAUGCCUGAAAAAACUAUUAAUUUUUCAGCGAAAAAUGGCGGUUCUUAAGUCGACGCACCCAUAUUUUUUACCAAUUAGUCCGAUUUUAACAAAAUAAAUAUAAAAUUACCAUAAAUGGCCGAUAAUAAUGCAUGCCAUCAAAGACAGAACGUUGUUGAUUCAUAAUUGUCAAAAACAGCGCCAUUUUCAAAUUAAAACUUCAUUGAAUGGCCACUAGGGCGCGCUGUAAUAACAAAAGACAGAUAUAAUUUCGUAUAUGAAA